AUGGUGAUUGAAAUGAUUGAUGGGGAACCGCCGUAUCUCAACGAACACCCAUUGAAAGCUCUCUAUCAUAUUGCGAACAUUGGACGACCCCAGAUUCAGGAGGCAGAAAGAAUGUCAUCUGCUUUGUCCUCUUUCGUUGACAGAUGUCUCGAAGUCAAACCAAUAAACAGAUCAAACUGCGAAGAACUGAUUGAACACGAGUUUCUCAAAGGACCAAAAGCCCCUCGCUCUGAAAUCAAACAACUAAUUCUUUGCGUCGCCUUUGACGACAUUGAACCAUGUGCUCCAGUACACUUUCUGGUCAUUCCGAGGAAGCCAAUCAGGAAAAUCUCAGAUGUCACUCUUUUGGGUCAUCUUUUAGUCACUGCUGCAACCGUGGCUCAACGGAAGGGACUCGGCAAUGGGUACCGACUGGUGAUCAACGAUGGCGCAGAUGGACAGCAGUCCGUAUAUCAUUUACACGUGCACGUUAUUGGUGGAAAGCAGUGCACGUGGCCUCCUUGCUGAUUCGAAUUUUGUCUAUUCCUUUAUUAUUGUUGGUUUCUUACU